AUGGCUACUAAACAAAAAGCUCUUCCUCUCACCCUAGAUGAAGAGAACCAACAUGAACAAGUUAUUGUUGAUGAUGAAAACAAUGGUUUCGACUACUCGAAACGUUCUCAAUGGCUAAGAGCCGCGGUCCUAGGGGCCAACGACGGGCUUGUUUCGACAGCCUCGCUCAUGAUGGGAGUAGGUGCAGUUAAGCAAGAUGUCAAGGCUAUGAUACUUACCGGGUUUGCUGGCCUAGUUGGUGGGGCUUGUAGCAUGGCUAUCGGAGAGUUUGUGUCCGUGUACUCCCAACUCGAUAUCGAGGUGGCUCAGAUGAAACGAGAGAAUAUGAGAAAAGGAGGAGGAAUUGAGCAAGAAGAAGGUGAAAAGGAGGAGUUGCCUAAUCCAUUGCAGGCAGCAUGUGCCUCGGCUUUUGCCUAUGCAGUGGGCGCUAUGGUCCCGCUGCUGGCGGCAUCGUUUAUUAAGGAUUAUAAGGUAAGGCUUGGGGUGGUGGCGGCGGUGGUUACGUUGGCUUUGGUGGUGUUUGGGUGGUUAGGGGCAGUUUUGGGGAGAGCUUCGGGUUUAAAGGCUUCUUUGAGGGUUUUAUUGGGUGGUUGGCUUGCUAUGGUUGUUACUUUUGGUUUAACUAAGUUGGUUGGGUCAAAUAGGUUUUAAAAUUUUAUGCAUGUACUUGUUUAUUGUUCCUUAAUACUGUCUUCCUUUUUUUUAUUGACAUGUUUUGACUGUUGCACUAUUUACACACUUUACUUUGACCAUAUUAUGUGAUUUAUACGUUGAAUGAA